AACAGACGAGAGACAGGAGAGAGAGACAUUUAAAAGAAAGGAGCCGAAUACAACGCACGUCUUCUUUGUGUUGUGUCGUACUUUCUCUUUUCGGCCUUUCUUUUUUUUCUGUGUAAUUCUAUUUCUUGUCCAUUUUUGAGACAACAGAGAUUUUUUUUUUGUUUUCCAAAAAAAAAAAAGAAGAAGAGAAAGUGAGAGAGACAGAGACGAGAGAGACAAAAGAGGAAGAAAGGAGGAAUCCUUGGUUCCUCCCUUGGAAUAUGAUCUUCAUUUUCUCAGGCAAUAUUUAACUACGACAUUUCUGGUUAAACAUCAAGCAUCAAACGUCCUUCAAGGUUUUCUCCAAAAGAUGGAGAAUAAGGUGGAGUAAUCUUUGUGACAAAUCGAUGUGAUAUCUUAGACAUGAUAUUUUUUCUUCUCUAAGUAGUGAGCGGAAACUAACUAACUAACUAGAGACGGCAAAAAAAACUGCCCACUUGGGAUUGAUUUUAUAUUCAAGGUUUUUUAUGCUAUCUUUUGUUCCUGCUCUAUUUGUGAAGUUGGCAACAAACACCUUUGUGAAAUUGUCGUCGGAAUGGGUGGCUGCGUCUCAAAAUCGAAUAAAAGGAUCAGAACGACUCGGAGAAAGUGCCGAACAUCCGGCAAACGCCGAGGAAGGAUUUCCGCCUCCGUUCCUGAGUUUGUUCAUCUCGGCUUUGAGAAAGGCGCUGCUGCUACUAGUACCACUACUUGCAAGAGAUCCGAGGUCUCGAACAUGACAUUUCACCUCACUCAGCUUCAAUGGAACCACAGCCAAGCUGAUUCAAAUGGCGGGAUGUGCCAAGAAGAAGCCUGGUUUGACUCUCUUAGUAUUUUUGAGUCGGAUUCAGAUGAUGACUUCAGUAGUGUUCAUGGAGAUGGUUUCCCUUUAGCAAGCAAUCCAAUCGGGAACAUCCCAAGUACUCAAUUGCUCCAUUACGAAAGCGCUUCAUGCUUCGUGGAUUCGGGGUCUAAGUAUGAGGAGUUCUGUGAGAGCUAUCUCAAGAUCGACGGAGCCACAGCUUUCUCGUCCGAGAAAACGCAAGAAAACAACUUGAAAUCCUGCAUGCCUCGCUUGCUUCCUUCGGUGAGUUUCAAUGACAAGAAUCAGUCUGUGUCCAGUCCACGAAAGCAGUCCACUUUGAUCAUGCUUUCUUACAAGAGGAAGUCCAUUGAUGGAAACGAAAAGACCGAAUUUUGUGCUGCUGAGAAAUUAUUGUAUCGUCCAAGGGCAGGACUAAGAAUCCCAUGUUCGACAGGAGAGAAACCAAUCCCGGGAUGCUGGUCUGAGGUUUCACCAUCGGUUUUUAAGCUCCGAGGCGAAAAUUAUUUCAGAGACAAACAGAAACAACCUGCUUCAGGAUUCAGCCCGUACAUACCGUUCGGUGUCGAUUUAUUUAUCUGCCCGCGAAAGAUCAGCCACAUUGCUCAGCACCUUGAACUUCCUUCCGUGAAAGCCAACGACAAAGUUCCUUCCCUCCUCAUUGUUAACAUACAGGUGCCUACUUAUCCCGCAACCAUGUUGCUUGGUGACUGCAAUGGGGAAGGCAUGAGCCUUGUCUUAUAUUUCAAAGUCUUCGAGAAUUUUGACGAAGAAAUCAGUCCUACUUUUCAGGACAACAUCAAGAAAUUCGUCGAAGAUGAGAUGGAGAAAGUUAAAGGAUUUGCAAGGGAAUCAACGGUUUCAUUCAGGGAAAGGCUAAAAAUUCUUGCUGGGGUGGUUAAUCCAGAGGACCUCCAACUUGGUUCUGCAGAAAGGAAGCUCUUACAUGCUUAUAAUGACAAGCCAGUCCUCUCAAGGCCUCAGCAUGAUUUCUUCAAGGGAUCCAAUUACUUUGAGAUUGACCUUGAUAUACACAGGUUCAGCUACAUAUCCAGAAAAGGACUUGAAUCAUUUCAAGACCGUUUCAAGAAUGGGAUUCUUGAUUUGGGUUUAACUAUUCAGGCACAAAAACAAGAGGAAUUGCCAGAGCAAGUAUUGUGCUGUGUGCGGUUGAAUAAGAUUGACUUUGUAAAUCAUGGCCAAAUACCAACACUAGUGACAAUUGAUGAUUGAUUU